GGUCAACAUGGUGGUUGUUGAAAAAGCAACUUCUCAGUUAUAUCCUUCUAUUUCCACAAUUUCACAUGGCGCCGGAAAAUCCCAAUUCUACCACCACCGUCUUCCUUGGCUGAAUCUAUCUUUGCUCUCAGUUUUCAUCCAUAAUGGAUACUUCAACCCUAGAAUCUCAACUCAGAUCCGACAACUUCGUCACAUAUGAAUCCCCUUACACUCUCUACUCCAUGGCCAUCUCUUCCGCCGCCGCCUCCCACCGUAGAAUUGCCCUCGGCAGCUUCGUCGAAGAAUACGCCAAUCGAGUCGACAUCGUGACAUUCGAUGAAGAAACUCUUUCCAUCAAGCCAAUUCCUAACCUCUCAUUCGACCACCCUUAUCCUCCUACUAAACUUAUGUUCCACCCUAACCCUAAGGUAUCCGGUGAUAUCCUAGCCUCCUCCGGUGACUUUCUCCGCCUCUAUGGAGUCCGUGAAAACUCAGUUGAACAAAUCUCCGUUCUCAACAACAGUAAAAGCAGCGAAUUCUGUGCACCGUUGACCUCAUUCGACUGGAACGAGGUGGAACCAAGGAGAAUCGGUACUUCCUCAAUCGAUACAACGUGUACUAUUUGGGAUGUUGAAAAAGGCGUUGUAGAAACACAAUUGAUUGCUCACGAUAAGGAGGUUCAUGAUAUUGCUUGGGGAGAGGCCGGUGUCUUUGCUUCUGUUUCCGCAGAUGGAUCUGUUAGGGUUUUUGAUUUACGUGACAAGGAGCACUCAACGAUAAUAUACGAAAGCCCUCAACCAGAUACACCAUUGUUACGAUUAGCUUGGAACAAGCAGGAUUUAAGGUACAUGGCCACCAUUUUAAUGGACAGUAAUAAGAUUGUGAUUCUUGAUAUUCGAUCUCCCACCAUGCCUGUGGCUGAAUUAGAGAGACAUAGAGGAAGUGUGAAUGCAAUUGCUUGGGCUCCGGCGAGUUGGCAGCAUAUUUGCUCAGCCGGAGAUGAUUCACAGGCUCUUAUAUGGGAGUUGCCCACCGUGGCUGGACCUAAUGGGAUUGAUCCAAUGUCAAUGUAUACAGCUGGGGCGGAGAUUAACCAGCUCCAGUGGUCUGCCGCCAUGCCUGAUUGGAUUGCCAUUGCUUUCACCAAUAAGAUGCAACUUCUGAAAGUUUGAGGUAGAACAUCUAUUUGAUGCAUAUAUAUAGCUUCUGUAUUUAUUCAAUGCAUUAUAUAUACUUUAUUGGAAGUUGGAUUUGAUCAUAUUAAGAUUUUGAGAACAUGUACGGAACAAAAUAGAUUACAUAUGUUCAAUGCAUUUGUUUCUAGUAGAAAAACUCGUAUUUUUAUAGCAUAAUGAAGUGUACCCAUUGUAAUUUGACUAGUAUAUGUGACAUAAUGAAGUGUAAUUGAGGUAUUUCCCUA